UGGGUAUAAGUUGCUUGCAAAUAUCGCUUGGGAUAAAGUCGACUAUGUGCUCAUACCGAUUAAUGUAGGCCAGAAACAUCAUUGGGUGCUGGCUGUUUUAUCUAUACAAAGCAGGUGUCUUUAUGUCUAUGAUUCACUCCCGGGAGGUGCAGCGCACACUCGUGCGGUUAGAGAAAUUGUUCAAAAACUGGCAAAAAUGAUACCACUCUUCUUUAACAGUACUGGAUUUUAUGGCAAAAGGGAUGAUGUAGACUGGAAGAAUAACAUAGAAUACAUUGAGAAGGGUGUUUCUGAUCCUUUGGAUUAUGUCUUCGUGGAGAAUUUGCCAGAACAAGAUCCGGAAUCAAAUGAUUGUGGAGUCUAUGUAUGUGCAUUUGCUGAAUAUAUCAGCCAAGGCAUCUUGGAAAUCCCAAAGGACGAGUUCGAUCAUCAUCUUCACCGUAGUAGGUAUGGUGCCCUACUGUGGGAUUAUGCAAGGAUGCUGGAGCUAUUAGUGAGUGUGAAGCCCACCGGAUUGGUUACCGAAAUUAGGUGGGCCAAGAAUUCGCAAGGAACCGGGGCAUACUUUUAG